AUGAUCAUGCCCAUCACAAAAAUUCCUGUUGUCCAUAAAUUUGGAAUUAUUUCAAGCACUCAGAGACUUCAGCUACAAGAAAGAUUGCACAGAAAAGCAUUUUUUGACAGCAAUACAGGAAAGAAACCAUCCUUAAUUCACAGAAAACCAUUAGAUGUAACAGAUGGGUUUGUUCAACUUUUCAACACAGCAGAAAAUUUUAAUGAGAAAGAACAGUAUGAAGGAAAAGCAAAGAAGUUCCUAGAAAGAGCUAAGAGAAGGUCGGGCGUCAAGAACUAUGGCUGUGGUGAUUAUGUUAACCUUCCUCUGGCAUGGACAGAAAUGGCCCAGCUGGCACAGUGCAAAGGAAGUGUACAGGAAGAGUGUUUAGACCUGUUGGUGACAUCUCUGGAUGUGUCACCACUGGAAAGAUACCAAAUCCCUGCUUUGUUCUACCUGGCUGAAACCAUUUUGUACUGUCUGAGAAUGGAAGAGCUGAAUUAUCCUUUCCUCAGGACUACGGAGAUAAAACUGCUAAAGGUUGGCCAGCUGGUGUUUGAGAGAUUGUUUUAUCACCACAUGGUUGGACAGCUGCAGGAGCAUGGAGAAUCAAAAAAUAGGCUGUGCACUUAUAUGGAUGGACUUGACGAUUUACAAAAUAUGUACAGCCCUUACCCCAACGCUCUCUUGUUUUUGAGGUUUGUUAUUGAUGUUGGGAAGAUUAUCCUGACGGAAAGCCAGGUGGAAAAUAUGGACACUGAUAUGAAUAAGUUGUCUUCGGCUUCCGAACAAAACUCACAGGAUGUCAGAGACAUUUAUGAAUACUACAGCCAUGUGGAGACGAGGUCUAGCCGCAGUAGAGCAAUCAGCAGUUCUGUCCAUGACCUAAGCCCGACAUUAUGGCAUGCCCUGGAUGUGUUUCGGUGUACCAACAGCCUCGGUAGUGGGCUUAAAGAAGCACUCAUGGCUCUGGAGAGCUGUGGGUUUGAUAUGGUGAAUGAGACCUGGGUUGAUGGCGUAAUAGCCCUACAGGUUCUUGGCGAGUCUGCAAAGACAAAUCUGGCUGCACAGAAAGUUUUGCAUCGUUUAGCACAAAGAGUUCUGACCAUAGAGAAUAUGUCAACCACUUUACCCCUAGGUUCCAACAGGAGCAGUCAAUUAGCUAGGCCUCCUGCUUCUGAUGGUCAUGGUAAGGCUGAAAUAGCUUCUGCUCUUCAGGAGAAUAAACUUUGGUUGGAAAUGUCUUCAAGCAACAGACACAUGCAAGAUGAUUGUGACAAUAAAAAGGAACAAGUUGCAGAUAUGGAUGACCAUGUUAGAGUAUCUGGCAAUAUACAAGUGGCAGAUUUGGAGUACAUUGUACGACCAUCUGGCAAUAUGCAAACUGCAGAUAUAGAUGACAGUGUACGUCUUCCUGGCUUUGUGAGUGCAAAUGAAAAUGACCAGCUGCAACAAAUGCCAGGAAUGUUUGAUUGGUACUGGGAAAUUGCUCAGACUUACACAGAAGUUCUGGAGAACAUUGUAUUAUUUGGCAGCACUUCAGCUGUUCAGAAAUAUGCUCUUAUUGGUGGCCAGGGCAUAUCAGAAUUUCACUGCCAUGGACAGGCUAAUCUGGGAGGUCUCUGUCUUGUGGAUCUGGCAUUUUACAAACCAGAAUCUGGCUUACUUGUCAAAGAAAUGAAGCAAGUUGAUUGGAGCUGGAGAAUCAGGUUUACAGCCAUGCAGUCGCUGGGUCGAAUUUGCCAAUGUCUGAAAGACGACAAAACACGAGAGGGUCUGAGAAGCAUUGCUUGGAGUGCCCUGCUCAAGGCUAAUGCUAAGGAGAAAGAUGUGCGAGUGACAGAAGCCCUCAAAGUUUCACAGAUACACAUAGACAGCAAGAAGUUUCUAGACCCGUCCCUACAAGAACAUCCUGUCUCUCUUGGACAGCGAAUCGCGAUCGGAUUAUCUACAGCUUAUUUACCACCCAUCCCACCAGCAGGUACACAGACUUCAAGGGAAAGGUUUUCUCACCGACCUCAUCCAGCCACCCAGGUGCCGUCUGCAACUACCCCAGCAGCAGUGAAACCCCAGCGAGUAACUCUGAAACAAGAAAUAGACAUAGCAGCAGCUUCAUAUGAGCCAAUUCCUAACUACAUCACAAGGAAGAAUUUUGACUUAAGAAGAAUUAUUGAUACUCAGUGGGACAAAGAACUAAGCGCAAUGCUGGAAGAAGAGGAGAAAGAGCACAUAAUAGCCACAAAAGAAAGACAACAAUCUGAAGAUGAGCGACAGAAGCUAUUUGCUGAAUCAAGGCGAUUGAAGAUUCAGAAGAAAUCUUCAACACGAACACCUGCUCAGCAAGGAGAAGAAAGCUGCUAA